AAUAUCGAACUAUACAUAUAUGUACAUACAUGCCUAUGUAUGAUUGAUGAUACAUAAUGGAUGUUAUUAUGUGCAAUAUAAUUCAUUUGAAAUUUAUUGUAUUGAAUUAUUAUCGUAUUAAUAUCGAAGAAAUAAUUUUCCUGUAAUCUAAACAGUUUAAUAGUAAUAAAAUAAAAGAAAAAAUAAUAUUACUGUUAGAGUAGGGUUGGUUAUUGAUUUCCGCGUAGGUGCCAUGUUGGGAGGGAAUACGUGAGUAUACGUGAGGCUGUCUCUCAGUAGCACCGUACGCGAUAGUCUACAGAGAAUAUAAAUAGGAGGGGUAGUUGCACCAUUGACCCAGUGUUGAGUUGACAUACGGUCAGUUCAGUCACUCGAACGUUAAUCAUCUUUAUAAGCUUUUCCAAAUUUUUUAUUCGUAAUCUGUAAAUGGUUAAACAUCGUAGAGAAUCUCAGUAAAACUCAACAAUCUAACGCAAUCUCCAAACCACUGCCCUUUCUUUGAACUGACAUUCAAACCAUACAACUUUAUACCUAAAAAACAUACCGACAUUCCAGUGAGUUGUUUUAAGAUUUUUCUAACUUGUAAUUUGAAACAGCAAUGUCGGAAACAGCAGGAAUAUCACAGGGGCUGGGCAACCCUUACAAAAUUGUUGAUCAUGCUAGAGAAAAGCGUAAGGGCAUCACUGCGUCUUCUCUGAAAGAAUUAACUAGUAUUGCAAGAAGCCGUUUGUCGUUGCCCUUGGAUGCAGAACUCACAAUAGUUUUAGAACAAGAUGGCACAGAAGUAGAUGACGAAGAAUAUUUUGCAACAUUAGAAAGAAACACUAGUUUAAUGGUUCUGCAUGGAGAUCAAAAAUGGAUAGCAGCUGGAAGUAGUAAAGCUGCUUCUCGGUAUAUUGUUGUAGAUGAUGUUGACAACAUAGAAAGUGGUUUAAGAGGAGAUGAGUUGAGAAGGCAUAGACCACCGAUAGAACCAUUGGUUUCAUCAUUGCACGGUGACCCGUCGCAUAUAUCGUUGCUAGGUGGAAGCGAUCUAGAAUUACUGAGCGAUAUGGAUCCAGACAGCUUAGCCGAUAUAGUACCAGACAGAAUCUUCUUGGAGCAGUUGAAAGAAGCUUCGGGCAGAUUUUUGGCUGAAAAGCGGCAAGCACAAGAGUCUAUGGCCCUUCUUCAGAUGUAUGCUAGUGGUGGGGAGAUGGAGCGAGCGUAGGCCAUGUGGGGGGUGGGCGCCCUCACAUUGGCCAACAUGUACCGAGUGCGACGUCGCAUAUUUUACAAAGGUCGCCAACUACAACAAACACUAAUCCUUUUCUGGAAUUGAGCCCGUAACACAUUCAUAGUGCAAUAUUCUAUUGCGCUACCUUCUACCACCGUGUACCAUUCAUGAAAAUUGAAUGUUUGCAUCAAUGGAAAUAUUGAGAUUCUUCUAUUUGAAAUGAGAAUAGACAGAAAUGCAGGAACUAUAAAGUUCCUAUGUCUCUGGCGGAUGGCCGAAAAUUAUUUCUGAAGUAUUUGCAAGUAUCUACUAAAUAUGUGGACACAUAAAUUUAUUAGCAAAAAAGGAAAUCCAUUGAAAGUUGAUGCUUGUCCAUACUAUAAGUUAAUAUUCUAACAGUAUGUAUAGUUAUACUUUACAUUAAUAGUAAAUUAUUUUUAGCAUCUUCCUUUUUUAUUUUCUGCAAAUCAGUGGCACAAAUAUGCGUCAGUGUUACUUAUUUUAUAGAAUGUGGCAUAAGGAAUUGCUUUCCUGUAACAUGAGGUCUUAAAUACACACGCAUAGUCGCGUACAAUGCAAUUUAGCAGUUAAAUAAUCUGAAUGUAUCACGUAAACCAAAACUAUAUAGAAAUAUUAUGUCAAAGAAAACAUUCCGUCACGAUGUUGUCAUAUCAGUAUUAGCAAAAGGCCGACACGUUUGGUUUAUGAACUUUUGUACGUAGAUAUAUUACACCAAGCUUUAGUUCAACGAAGAUUGAUGAAAUGUUUAAGACUGAAUUUAUAGAGAAAGAGUGCAUCCCCAUUACGAUCACCAAUUCAUUAUACACUAAAUUUAGUGUUGUAAUAGAAGAGAAAAAAGAAACAA